GGUCAAAAAAUAAAAAAAAAAAAGGAGAGAAAAAAAGUGUGUGGUGUGGUGUUUGCCGAGUGCCUAGGCGGUGGAUUAAAGACCCAAGGAGUGUAUUUCAUAUUACGGUAUUUUGUGUGUAAAUUAUAUAUUAUUGACGUGAAGGUUGUAUGUGUCUUGUGCAGCAUUGAUAAGGAUUUAACUAAUCAUCAUUUAAACUAAAUAAACACCCUUUUGAAAAAGGGUUGAUAAAUUAAAUAUAUUGUUGAGCUGUUGGUCAAAUUAAUAAAAUGACGACCGACAUCUCGGUUCAGCGUACAGGAUGGGAUCCAACGUUACAACAGGAGAUUGUCGACGAAUACGAAUACGAUGGUGGAAAUUCAAGUUCAAGAUUAUUUGAACGUUCAAGAAUCAAAGCAUUAGCAGGUGAACGUGAAUCUGUACAAAAAAAAACAUUUCAAAAAUGGGUUAAUUCACAUUUGGUACGUUGUUCAUGUAGAAUUGGUGAUUUAUAUGUUGAUUUGCGUGAUGGUAAAAUGUUGAUAAAAUUAUUAGAAAUAUUAUCUGGUGAACGUUUGCCACGUCCAACAAAAGGUAAAAUGCGUAUUCAUUGUUUAGAAAAUGUUGAUAAAGCAUUACAAUUUUUACGUGAACAACGUGUACAUUUGGAAAAUAUGGGAUCACAUGAUAUUGUUGAUGGUAAUCCACGUUUAAGUCUUGGUUUAAUAUGGACAAUAAUAUUACGUUUUCAAAUACAAGAUAUUACAAUUGAAGAAACAGAUAAUCAACAAACAAAAUCAGCAAAAGAUGCAUUAUUAUUAUGGUGUCAAAUGAAAACAGCUGGUUAUCAUAAUGUAAAUGUACGUAAUUUUACAACAUCAUGGAGAGAUGGUUUAGCAUUUAAUGCAAUAAUACAUAAACAUCGUCCAGAUUUAAUACAAUUUGAUAAAUUAUCAAAAUCAAAUCCAAUGAAUAAUUUAAAUAAUGCAUUUAAUGUUGCUGAAGAUAAACUUGGUCUUGUUAAAUUAUUAGAUGCUGAGGAUAUAUUUGUUGAUCAUCCAGAUGAAAAAUCAAUAAUAACAUAUGUCGUAACGUAUUAUCAUUACUUUUCAAAAAUGAAACAAGAAACAGUACAUGGUAAACGUAUUGGUAAAGUUGUUGGUAUUGCUAUGGAAAAUGAUAGAAUGAUUAAUGAAUAUGAAAGUAUGACUAGUGAUUUAUUACGUUGGAUUGAGGGUACAAUUGAAUCACUUGGUGAUCGUCAUUUUGCAAAUUCACUUGUUGGUGUACAAUCACAGCUAUCACAAUUUUCAAAUUAUCGUACUAUUGAAAAACCACCAAAAUUUGUUGAAAAAGGUAAUCUUGAAGUAUUGCUAUUUACAUUACAAUCUAAAAUGCGUGCUAAUAAUCAAAAACCAUAUACACCAAAAGAAGGUAAAAUGAUAUCUGAUAUUAAUAAAGCAUGGGAAAGAUUAGAAAAAUCUGAACAUGAACGUGAAUUAGCACUACGUGAAGAGCUAAUAAGACAAGAAAAAUUAGAACAACUUGCUGCAAGAUUUAAUAGAAAAGCAAGUAUGCGUGAAACAUGGUUAUCAGAAAAUCAACGUCUUGUAUCACAAGAUAAUUUUGGUUUUGAUCUUGCUGCUGUUGAGGCUGCUGCUAAAAAACAUGAAGCAAUUGAAACAGAUAUAUUUGCAUAUGAAGAACGUGUACAAGCUGUUAUGGCUGUAUCACAAGAACUUGAAACUGAAAAUUAUCAUGAUAUAUUAAAAAUUAAUGAAAGAAAAGUUAAUGUAUUACGUUUAUGGAAUUAUUUACUUGAGCUAUUACGUGCACGUAGAAUGAGACUUGAAUUAUCAUUACAAUUACAACAAAACUUUCAAGAAAUGCUUUAUAUACUUGAUAGUAUGGAAGAAAUUAAACAAAGAUUAUUAACUGAUGAUUAUGGUAAACAUUUAAUGGGAGUUGAAGAUUUAUUACAAAAACAUUCAUUAGUUGAAGCUGAUAUAAAUGUACUUGGUGAACGUGUUAAAGCUGUUGUACAACAAAGUCAAAAAUUCUUAGAACAAGAUGAAGGUUAUCGUCCAUGUGAUCCAACAAUUAUUGUUGAAAGAGUACAACAAUUACAAGAUGCAUAUUCUGAAUUAGUACGUUUAGCUGUUGAAAGACGUGCACGUCUUGAAGAAUCACGUAAAUUAUGGCAAUUUUAUUGGGAUAUGGCUGAUGAAGAAAAUUGGACAAAAGAAAAAGAACAAAUUGUAUCAAGUGGUGAUAAUGGACAUGAUUUAACAACAGUUAAUUUAUUAUUAUCAAAACAUAAAGCACUUGAAAAUGAAAUAUCAUCACAUGAACCACAAUUAAUGUCUGUUGCUGCUGUUGGUGAUGAAUUAGUACGUCAACAACAUUUUGGAUCAGAUAGAAUACAAGAAAGAUUACAAGAAAUAUUAGGUAUGUGGAAUCAUUUACUUGAUUUAUCAGCAUUUAGACGUAAACGUCUUGAGGAAGCUGUUGAUUAUCAUCAGCUAUUUGCUGAUGCUGCUGAUAUUGAUAUAUGGAUGUUAGAUACAUUAAGACUUGUAUCAUCUGAAGAUGUUGGACGUGAUGAAGCUAAUGUACAAUCAUUAUUAAAAAAACAUAAAGAUGUUACUGAUGAAUUAAAAAAUUAUGCAACUGUUAUUGAACAAUUACAUCAACAAGUUAAUUCACUUGGUGAACAAGAUUCAAAAUCAUCAGAAGUACUUGAAAGACUCGCGUCAAUCGAUUCUCGUUAUAAGGAACUUCUUGAACUUGCAAAAUUACGUAAACAAAGACUCCUUGAUGCAUUGUCAUUGUACAAAUUAUUUAGUGAGUCUGAUGGUGUUGAACAAUGGAUUGGUGAAAAAAAUCGUAUGUUAGAUACAAUGGUACCAGCAAAAGAUAUUGAAGAUGUUGAAAUAAUGAAACAUCGUUAUGAUGGUUUUGAAAAAGAAAUGCAUGCAAAUGCAUCACGUGUUGCUGUUGUUAAUCAACUUGCACGACAAUUAUUACAUGUUGAACAUCCAAAUUCUGAGGAAAUACAUUUACGUCAUAAUCAAUUAAAUGAAAAAUGGAAUGAAUUACGUGAAAAAGCUGAUAAUAAAAAAGAAGCACUUAAUUCAGCACAUGGUGUACAAACAUUUCAUAUUGAAUGUCGUGAAACUGUAUCUUGGAUUGAGGAUAAAAAAAGAAUAUUACAACAAACUGAUAGUUUAGAAAUGGAUUUAACUGGUGUUAUGACAUUACAAAGACGUUUAAGUGGUAUGGAACGUGAUUUAGCAGCAAUACAAGCUAAACUAGAUGCAUUAGAAAAAGAAGCACAAAGUAUUGAAGAUGAACAUCCAGAAGAAGCUGUAUUAAUACGUGAAAGAAUAACACAAAUACAAACAAUAUGGGAAGAAUUAACACAAAUGUUAAAAGAACGUGAUUCAAAACUUGAAGAAGCUGGUGAUUUACAUCGUUUCUUACGUGAUUUAGAUCAUUUCCAAACAUGGUUAACUAAAACACAAACAGAUGUUGCAAGUGAAGAUACACCAACAAGUCUUGCUGAUGCUGAAAAAUUACUUACACAACAUCAAAAUAUUAAAGAAGAAAUUGAUAAUUAUACUGAUGAUUAUUUGAAAAUGAUGGAAUACGGUGAAAAAUUAACAAAUGAAGCUGGUGAUGGUGAUACACAAUACAUGUUUUUACGUGAAAGAUUAAAUGCAUUAAAAAUGGGCUGGGAAGAACUUCAUCAAAUGUGGGUUAAUAGACAAAAUUUAUUAUCAAAUUCACUUAAUUUACAAGUAUUUGAUCGUGAUGCAAGACAAGCUGAAGUAUUAUUAUCACAACAAGAACAUUUAUUAGCUAAAGAUGAAACACCAAUAAAUUAUGAACAAGCUGAAAAUUUAAUAAAACGUCAUGAAGCAUUUAUGACAACAAUGGAUGCAAAUGAUGAUAAAGUUAAUUCAGUUGUACAAUUUGCAUCACGUUUAAUUGAAGAAGGACAUUUUGCUGCUGAUAAAGUUAAAAAAAAAGCUGAAAAUAUUAAUGAAAGACGUAAUAUUAAUCGUGAUAAAUCAAAUAAAUUAAUGGAAAAAUUAAAAGAUCAAUUACAGCUACAAAUGUUUUUACAAGAUUGUGAAGAACUUGGUGAAUGGGUACAAGAAAAACAUAUUACAGCACAAGAUGAAACAUAUAGAAGUGCUAAAACAGUACAUAGUAAAUGGACACGUCAUCAAGCAUUUGAAGCUGAAAUUGCAUCAAAUAAAGAUCGUUUAGAACAGCUACAACGUGCUGCUGAUGAAUUAAUUCAACAAAAACCAGAAUUAAUGAAUAUUAUAACACCAAAAGUUAGUGAACUUGCUGAUCAAUUUGAAGAACUUGAAACAACAACACAUGAUAAAGGUGAACGUUUAUUUGAUGCUAAUCGUGAAGUACUUAUACAUCAAACAUGUGAUGAUAUUGAUUCAUGGAUGAAUGAACUUGAAAAACAAAUUGAAAAUACAGAUACUGGUACUGAUUUAGCAUCUGUUAAUAUUUUAAUGCAAAAACAACAAAUGAUUGAAACACAAAUGGCUGUUAAAGCAAGUCAAGUUAUUGAACUUGAUAAACAAGCUGAUCAUUUACAACGUACUGUACCAGAUGAAAAAAUGGAAGAAAUUAAAUUUAAAAAAGAAAAAGUUGCACAAAGAUUUGCACAACUUAAAGAGCCACUUAUUGAUCGUCAAAGACAAUUGGAAAAGAAAAAAGAAGCAUUUCAAUUUCGUCGUGAUAUUGAAGAUGAAAAAUUAUGGAUUGCUGAAAAAAUGCCACAAGCAACAAGUUCAGAAUAUGGUAAUUCAUUAUUUAAUGUACAUAUGUUAAAGAAAAAAAAUCAAUCACUAUCAACAGAAAUUGAUAAUCAUGAAAUUAGAAUAAAUUCAGUAUGUAGUAAUGGACAAAAAUUAAUUGAUGAAAAACAUGAAGCAAGUGAUGAAUUUAAACGUCUUAUAUCUGAGUUGAAUGAAAAAUGGCGUGAAUUAAAAGAUUCAAUAAAUGAUCGUAUGUCAAAUUUAUUACAAAAUGAAAAAGCACAACAAUAUUUCUUUGAUUCAACUGAGGCUGAAUCAUGGAUGAGUGAACAAGAAUUAUAUAUGAUGGUUGAAGAUCGUGGUAAAGAUGAAAUAUCAGCUCAAAAUUUAAUGAAAAAACAUGAAUCAUUGGAGAAUGCUGUUGAAGAUUAUGCUGAUACAAUACGUCAACUUGGUGAAACAUCAAGACAAUUAAUAAAUGAUCAACAUCCAUUGGCUGAUCAAAUUGCUGUUAAACAAUCACAAGUUGAUAAAUUAUAUGCUGGAUUAAAAGAUUUAGCUGGUGAAAGACGUGCCAAGCUAGAUGAAGCAUUACAAUUAUUUAUGCUUAAUCGUGAAGUUGAUGAUUUAGAACAAUGGAUAACUGAACGUGAACUUGUUGCUGGUAGUCAAGAACUUGGUACUGAUUAUGAUCAUGUUACAUUAUUAUGGGAAAGAUUUAAAGAAUUUGCAAGAGAUACUGAAACAAUUGGUUCUGAAAGAGUUGCUGCUGUUAAUGGUAUUGCUGAUUCAUUAAUUGCAACUGAACAUUCAGAUGCAGCAACAAUUGCCGAAUGGAAAGAUGGAUUAAAUGAAGUAUGGCAAGAUUUACUUGAAUUAAUUGAAACACGUACACAAAUGUUAGCAGCAAGUAGAGAAUUACAUAAAUUUUUCCAUGAUUGUAAAGAUGUACUUGGUAGAAUAUUGGAAAAACAAAAUUCAAUGUCUGAUGAACUUGGACGUGAUGCUGGUUCAGUAUCAGCUUUACAACGUAAACAUAUUAAUUUUAUUCAAGAUUUAUCAACAUUACAAAAUCAAGUAUCACAAAUACAAGAUGAAUCAUCAAAAUUACAAGCAAGUUAUGCUGGUGAUAAAGCAAAUGAAAUAACAAAUCGUGAAACAGAAGUUGUUGCUGCAUGGAAUAAUUUACAAUCAUUGUGUGAAGGUAGACGUAUGAAACUUGAAGAUACUGGUGAUUUAUUCAGAUUCUUUAAUAUGGUUAGAACAUUAAUGAUAUGGAUGGAUGAUGUUGUUAGACAAAUGAAUACAUCUGAAAAACCACGUGAUGUAUCGGGUGUUGAAUUAUUAAUGAAUAAUCAUCAAAGUUUAAAAGCUGAAAUUGAUACACGUGAAGAUAAUUUACUUGCAUGUAUUAAUCUUGGUAAAGAUUUAUUAUCAAGAAAUCAUUAUGCAAGUUUACAAAUUAAAGAAAAAUUAACAUCAUUGACUGAUCAUAGAAAUGCAUUAUUACAUAGAUGGGAAGAACGUUGGGAAAAUUUACAAUUAAUAUUGGAAGUUUAUCAAUUUGCUAGAGAUGCUGCUGUUGCUGAGGCAUGGCUUAUUGCACAAGAACCAUAUUUAUUGAGUCAAGAACUUGGAUUGACAAUUGAUGAAGUUGAAAAUUUAAUUAAAAAACAUGAAGCAUUUGAAAAAUCAGCAGCUGCACAAGAAGAAAGAUUUAGUGCCUUGGAACGUUUAACAACUUUUGAAUUGAAAGAAUUAAAAAGACGUGAACAAGAACGUGAAGAGGAAGAAAGACGUAAACAAGAGGAGGCAGCUGCUGCUGAAGCUGCACGAUUAGCUAAAGCAACUCCUGUAACAAGUCCAGACGAACCAAUGAGCGAACGAGCCGAAGCAGAUGGUGUUGAUCGUAGUGACCGCGAUGAUGAUCACGUGACACUGUCCAAGGCUUCUACACGAACACCGCUAUCCCAAGAAAAACCAAAGGAAGUGCAUGAUCAAAGGCAGAAAGAAUUAUCUCGUCCUGAUGAAUUGAAGAUACAAAGUGUUAUGCCAACAACCCCGAAAUCUCGAGCCUCUCUCCCGUCAACUCCGACAACUCCUCGAGGUGGAAGUGGCUCUGAAUCUGGUACAUUGAAACGUAAUACCAGAAGUCGCAGUAAAUCACCAUUCAGAAGUUUUCGUUGGAAAAAAACACCAAAAUCACCGAGCUUAGAUCGUAGCGGUGUUAGUGAUGAUGAUCAUAGUUUUCACGAACAAAGAAGUCCAAGUGAUGAUGAAUUUGAAGGUUUACUUGUUCGUAAACACGAAUGGGAAAGUACAACUAAAAAAGCAUCAAAUCGUUCAUGGGACAAGCUUUACAUGGUUAUACGUGGACAAACAUUGGUAUCAUACAAAGAUCAAAAAUCUUAUAAAUCAGCACCAGAUCAAACAUACAAAGGUGAAGUUGCUCUUGAUCUUAGAAGUUCAACAAUUAUCGUUGCAAGUGAUUAUACAAAGAAGAAACACGUCUUCCGGGUUAAACUACAAAGUGGAGCAGAUUACUUGUUCCAAGCCAAAGACGAUGCUGAAAUGAAUGAAUGGGUUGGAGCAUUGAAACAAUCUGCACAAGGUACAUCUGGUGCUGGCUCAUCGAAAGCACAUACACUACCAGCUCCAACACAAGCUGAGACUAAAAGACGAAGCUUCUUCACACUCAAAAAAAAUUAAAUUGGAGCAAUGAAGUGGAUAUAUUAUUUGUCUGAAGAACCUGUCUCUCCAAUGAUUGACAUAAACAAUCAAGAUAAGAAGCACCGAAAAUAUAAGAAAAAAAAAUUAAAUAAAAAAAUAUUAAUAUUAAUAUUAAGAAAAGAUAUUUAAAAAGAAAAAAAAAAUAUUUAAAAUAAAUUAGACGACCAGGCCAUAAACAUCUCAAAGUCAAGUUGAUAAUUUCAUAAUAAAUUUGACUUUCGUAUGAAGAAAAUAAAUAAUGCAUAAAAAAAUAAAAAUUAAAAACGAUUGACUUGUUGAAAAAGUCAAUCAUAUUUUGGCUGCAAUAUCGCUAUGAUAGUAAAAAAAAAGAAAAAAAAAUUAACAA